AUCUUGCAAGAAAUAAGAAUGGUGUUAAAAGUUCUUUCCGCCCUUGACGGUGCAAGAACUCAGUUUUACCAUUUCAAGGCCAUUAUUAUAGCUGGCAUGAGCCUCUUCACUGACGCCUAUGACCUCUUCUGUAUCCCUUCGAUUAUGAUACUCAUCGGAAGGAUCUACUACGAGAAGAACAAAUAUGUGACCCCAACUAAGGUUGUGUCCAUCAUGGCGGCCAUCGCUCUUGUGGGUACCGUAAUUGGUCAAGUAGUAUUCGGUAGGCUCGGUGAUCUAGUCGGUAGGCGCCGCGUGUAUGGGAUCGCAUUGAUGAUCAUGGUGCUGAGUUCCAUUGGAUGUGGGUUCUCUAUAUGCACCACAAAGAACUGUGUUCUGGUGAGUAUGGGGUUGUUCAGGUUUAUUCUGGGCUUAGGGAUUGGCGGGGACUACCCUUUAUCGGCCACGAUUAUGUCGGAGUUCGCUAACAAGAGGACCCGUGGUGCUUUUAUAGGAGCCGUGUUUUCAAUGCAGGGCUUUGGGAUCUUGGCUACUUCGGCGGUCACCGUGGUGGUGUGCGAAAUAUUUAAAAGCACUGCUAAUGGAGCGUCAAAAGAUCAGACGACCAAGGUCUCAGAUAUCGCAUGGAGGUUAAUACUGAUGCUUGGUGCAAUUCCAGCUGGGUUAACAUUUUAUUGGCGAAUGAAGAUGCCCGAAACUGCCAGAUAUACAGCUUUGGUUGAACAAAAAAUCGUCCAAGCGACUAUGGACAUGGAGAAGGUGAUGGAAAUUCCAAUGGAUCAGAUUGUGGAAGAUAACUUACUGCCACCUACUCCACCGCCUUAUCCCCUCCUCUCCAAGCAAUUUUUUCAACGCCAUGGCCGCUAUUUAUUCUCUUGCUCCUUCACAUGGUUUCUUGUUGAUAUUGCUUUUUACAGCAGCAACUUCUUCCAAUCUCGCAUAUAUUAUGACCAUCUCCAAACGAAUGAAAACAAGAAUGCCUAUAAAGAUGCUUUAAAUUUUGCAACAUUUCAAGUAAUUAUUGCAGCAUGUUUUACAAUUCCAGGCUACUGGUUCACUGUUUAUUUCAUUGAUAGGAUUGGAAGAGUCAAAAUACAAAUGAUGGGUUUUUUCCUCAUGGCACUGGUUUAUUUAGCACUUGGGAUAUCCUAUCAUGCAUGGACAAAAAAUAAACAGAAUAAAGGUUUCUUAAUUCUCUAUGGCCUCACCUUUUUCUUCGCAAACUUUGGACCGAACACAACCACUUUUAUAGUGCCAGCAGAGCUUUUCCCGGCAAGAUUUAGAUCAACAUGUCAUGGAAUUUCUGGGGCUAUUGGGAAGGUAGGGGCAAUUAUUGGCUCGGUAGGAUUUGUAUGGGUUAAAAAUCACAAAAAGGAUGGUAAGCCAAAAGUAAUUGAUGAUAUGGCUGCCUCAUUUAUAAUACUUGCUGGAGUUUGUUUGUUGGGGACGGCAGUGACUUAUUUUUUCACGCGUGAAACUAUGGGAAGAUCAUUAGAGGAGAAUGAGGAUUAA